GGAUAGACUGUGACACUAUCGGGUUCUCGGGUGCAUUGCAGACUCCAGGUUAUGACACACUCCAAAAAAUUAUACAAGAGCCGGGUUUCUUUGCAGUCCGUCUUGCCGAGGCCUUAUACAGCCACAAUCAGGUCGCCCAUCCUUUAUGCCAUCCUGUAUUCAUUGACAAAUCCGUUCCACAUCCAUCGCAAUAUCUAGGAUUUCAUCUAUACUAGACUCACACAAUGUCUUCCAAUCCACCUCAACCUCUUCAUUUCAAUGGACGAGUUGCAAUCGUCACAGGCGCCGGUCAGGGAAUGGGGCGUGAGCAUGCCUUGUUGCUCGGAAGCCGAGGUGCCACUGUCAUUGUCAACGACCUAUUUCCUGACGUCGCAGAGUCUACGGCCAAGGAUAUCCGAGAUGCCGGCGGCAAAGCAGUCGCAGUGGCUGGAUCUAUUGCAGAGCGAACGGUUGCAGAAGCUAUACUCAAAACAGCCAUCGACAAGUACGGCCGCAUUGACAUCCUAAUCAACAACGCGGGCAUUGAAAUCAAGAAGAGUUUUCCUGAUUUCACCGACAGUGAUUUCUCUCGAAUGUGGGGGGUGCAUGUGUUGGGUGCUUGGGUUCUUACCCAGCUUGUCUGGCCUCACAUGAAGACGCAAAAGUAUGGUCGCGUGGUGAUGGUAUCCUCGACGUCUCUUUUCGGGAUGCCCGACAACGCAGCCUAUGUUGCCUCCAAAGGGGCUCUUUUUGGCCUGGCAAGGUCCCUGUCAAUUGAAGGCGCUGCCCACGGUAUUCUGGUCAACUGUCUAGGGCCGACAGCUUACACAGCCAUGGCCAGGCAGAUGCUUGAUGACGAAACGCGAAGUGCGUGGAUGGAAAAGAUAUUUCCCGCUUCCGCGACCUCUGCAGUUUGUGCUUGGCUUGUCCAUGAGAACUGUCAACUUACUGGGGAGUUUAUCACAAGCUAUGGCUGCAGCGUCGGACGAGUGUUUCUCGCGGAGACAAAGGGUGCCUUCUGCUCAACUGGAGACUACACCCCAGAGACUGUACGAGAUCAUAUGGACGAGGCGCGCAAUACAGAGGGUUUUAUAGUACCCACGUCCGUGGACGAACAGAUUGAAACUCUGCUUAGUAUGCGGCAGGCCAAGGCGGCAGGCCAAGGGGAGUGA